AUGCUCCAGCGCCUCCACCGGCCCCCCGGGCGGCAGGGGCGCCCCGGGGCUGCCGCGCUGCCGGCGCCGCGGGCUCGGCGUAGAGGGGAGGCGGGCGCGGAGAGCCCGGCCGGAGCCGCAGCGAAUUCCCCCCCGGCGAAGGGCAGGCGGCGGCGGGGACCCGCCAUGGAGAAGGCGGCGGGCGCGGAGCUCCGGCAGGGCGCCCUGGUGCCGCUCACCGCCAUCUGCCUGGUGAAUCUCUUCUUAACUGGGAAAAUAGAAAGUGCUGUUACCUCAUUAGCUGCUUGCAGUGGAAAACUGGAACAGCACACAGAGAGACGUGGAGUCAUCUAUAGUCCUUCCUGGCCACUAAACUAUCCUCCAGCCAUAAACUGCAGCUGGUACAUCCAAGGAGAUCAUGGAGAUAUGAUAACAAUUAGUUUUAAGAACUUUGACUUGGAGGACUCUCAGAAAUGUGCAGUAGAUUGGCUGAUGAUUGGCCCCUCUUCCAAGAGGGAGGAGUACAGAGUGUGUGGAUCCUCCAUACCACCCUCCUUUAUCUCUGCACGGGAUCACGUCUGGAUAUUUUUCCACUCAGACGCAUUGAGUUCGGGACAGGCUCAGGGAUUUCGCCUUUCCUACAUCCGAGGAAAAAUAGGCCAGACUAUUUGCCAGUCUGAUGAAUUCCAUUGUGUAAAUGGCAAGUGCAUUCCCAACACUUGGAAGUGUAAUUCCAUGGAUGAGUGUGGGGAUAACUCGGAUGAGAGAAACUGCACCAUCCCUCCAACAGAGCCUCAGUCCAGCAUCUGUCCCUCAGGAACAUUCCAAUGUAGCAUAGCCCAUUCCACCAAGUGCUUGAUAAACGAGUUAAGAUGUAAUUCAGUUAAAGACUGUAGUGAUGGUUCAGAUGAAGAUAACUGCCCUGAUCUUUCAUGUGGCAAAAGACUGGGUAAUUUUUAUGGGUCUUUCGCUUCCCCAGACUUAUUCCGUGCAGAUCACAGCCGGGCAGACCUUCGCUGCACUUGGUAUGUGGACACACAAGAUAAUCGGCAUGUCCUCUUGCAGCUUGAUUUACAGUUAGGGUACAAUGACUAUGUAAAGGUGUAUGAUGGAAUUGGAGAGAGAGGUGAUAAAUUAAUGCAAACUCUUUCAUAUCACAACAACAGGCACUCGGUGAGCGUGGAGUCCUCAAAGGGUCAGCUCACCAUUUCAUAUCAUGCCAGAUCAAAGAGUACUGGCCAUGGAUUCAAUGCAACUUAUCAGGUGAAAGGUUACUGCCUUCCGUGGGAACACCCUUGUGGAAGUGAUGAGGAGUGUUUCACAGAUAAGCAGCAUUGUGAUGGUUGGUGGCACUGUCCAAAUGGCAAAGAUGAAGAGAACUGUCCAGCUUGCCAGAAAAAUGAAUACCCAUGCGAAGGAAACAGUGGACUGUGUUAUUCAAUACUUGACCGAUGUAAUAACCAAAAGAACUGCCCAGAUGGCUCAGAUGAAAAGAACUGCUUUACAUGCCAGCCAGGAAACUUUCACUGUGGCACAAAUCUGUGUAUCUUUGAGACUUGGCGCUGUGACGGCCAAGAAGACUGCCAGGAUGGAAGUGAUGAACAUAAUUGCCUGGUUAUAGUGCCCAGAAAAGUCAUCACAGCUGCUCUGAUUGGGAGUCUUGUGUGUGGCUUGCUGUUGGUGAUAGCACUGGGUUGUGCAUUUAAACUCUACUCACUAAGGACCAGGGAAUACAGAGCAUUUGAAACCCAGAUGACUCGUCUUGAGGCAGAGUUUGUACGACGUGAGGCUCCACCUUCCUACGGGCAGCUCAUUGCACAAGGACUUAUCCCGCCAGUUGAAGAUUUCCCUGUUUACAAUGCAUCGCAAGCAUCUGUGCUGCAGAACAUCCGAACAGCAAUGAGGAGACAGAUGAGACGCCACUCAUCGAGACGGAAUUCAUCUCGGAGGCGCUUGGGCAGACUCUGGAACAGACUGUUCCACAGGCCACGAGUGAGAGGGCAGAUCCCUCUCUUAACACCUGCGCACACUUCCCAAACAACGCUGGGUGAUGGAAUUAUCGAUCACACCGAAGGGAAUAUCCAGAAUCCCUCCCCUUCCCCUGAAGGACCUAAUUCAGAGGCAGAGACCUAUGGUCAGGUUAGAGGGCUACAAGAAGCUGGAAGUAGCAUUUUGCAGCCAGAGACUGAAGCCACAGAGCCAUCACCUUCUAGUGUUUUAUCUAAUACUUGCACCGCUGCACAGGCAGAGCCUGAGACUGGACACAGUGACAAAUCUUCAGGUGCUGAGGAGACCUCCAGCACUGAGCUUAAACAAACCAAGAGGGUGGAUUCAGGAAAAGCUUUCAGAGACCCUUUGUCUGAAAGUGUUACAGAAACACUCCGUGGAGGAUCGGUAUCCAGAAGGACUGUUGCAGAGAACAGUAAUUUAAACAGGAGUCAUCCGCUGAGUGAAGAGCCAUGUAGAUUACCCUUAAAGAAGUGGGAGUCCAAUUACUCAGACAGCUCUAUGAAUGUUUGUAUUCAGGUGGAUGGACAGCAGCGAUGUUGCCCUCAUUCCUAUCGGGAAGAACCUUUGGGUAUUCACGCGACUUGUUGCCAUUCUGUGGAAGUGCCAAUGCUAGAGUCCUCUACUCCCCUCUCAGAAAUCAAUACCAGUGAUGAUGAAUCAUUACUAGUUUGCUAA